AAAUUGCCCGUUGAACAGGGAACUAUUUCGAAGAGCACGGGAUCAUCUUCUAGCCGGACGCCAGGAACUAUUCUGGCAAACAGAAUAAGAAAACCAAACACGUCCUCGCAGUCAAGUUUCUUAUCAACGAGCAAACAUCCGGGCACGGUACUACUAGGGGACAAUCGAAAGAGUCGACCUAGUGAUGAGACCACCUUGUCACCGACGACAACGAUAGUCGACGCGUUCGAUGAUCCAACCGUGAAGCCGGAACUGUUGUCCAUUAAGGACGAAGAUGAAAGGGCAGAGAUAAGCGAUCAAAAUGGCAGAGCUCAAGAGCUCGCCGUCACUCUGGCAGAACCGCCUACGUCACAGUCUUCAUCCAGCACCGGUCGACUGCCGUUAAAGGAUACCUUAAGACGCAGGAUAAGCACGACGGUAGCGCCGCGAACAGAUUCGCCGAGAACUAGUCCGACGUCCUUGAGAUUCAGCACAAUCCCGAAGACACGACAAAAAGUGACGACGAAGACGACAACGUCAAGGACGACGACAAGGACAAGGAAGGAUGGAACAUCACGAAAUUCAACGAGUAGGCCAAGGAGGCCACCUAUAAUAGAUUAUGAUUACUACGAGGACGAGGAUACACCGAUCGUUGAAAAAGCAAUGUACAAUGGGAAACUAUUUCUGACGAGUAAUGGUACCAUACGAUGUCUCGAUCAAGGCAACUUUCCGCAUCCUUCUUCUUGCAAGAAAUUCAUUACCUGCGCAAAAAUGGUGAAUGGUUUGAUAAUCGGAGCGGAAUACACGUGUCCUGACAAAUUAUCCUUCGAUCCGGUCGGUGGUAUUUGUAAUUGGUCCGCCGGACUCGGUUGUAAAGAAUAAAAGAGCGAUAAUAUUUCAAACGACCGUACUCGCGGGACUAACAAUAAACGGAAUCUUUUCCGUCUAUACGUCAGAGCCGUUAUCUCGAGAGAGCGCACGGCAAUUUUCAAAUUGUAAAACGAUGUUUUCUUUUUUUUUUUUUUUU